CUAUAAAGACGUAUAAAAAAAUUCUAGAGCAUGAACAGCAUAAUCCGCGUGCAAAGCAGGGUAUGGAACGAGCUCAACGCCUGAGUAAGGCAUCUACACGGCGUGAUUACUUCAAGAUUCUUGGUCUUACCCGCGGUGCAAACAAAAAAGACGUAUUGAAGGCUUACAGAAAGUUGGCUGCUGAAUAUCAUCCAGAUAGGUUCACUUCAGAGGCUGAAAAAAGGGAGGCGGAAAAGAAAUUUAUUGAUAUAACCGCUGCCAAAGAAGUUCUUACAGAUCAAGGCACCAGCAAGAUGGCCAAUAUUUAA